AUGGCACGACCGAUGAAUCGCCAGAUCAGAACGAUGAAUCGCCAAAUCAAUGGAACAGCCACGAAUGACUCAACGAAGAAACGACAGCGGACGACUAAGUCAACCUCAACCACGACGACAGUCUCCUCUCCAUCAACCCGCCGCUCCCCUCGCAAAGCUCCCAAGCUCGAAGAUGCCUCACCGUCAGACAAGAAGCCCAAACGCCAACCAGCCAAGAAGAUCAAAUCCGAGGAUGGCUCAGUUCGUGUCGAAGCGCCUAGCAAUUGGCAGCAGAUCUGGGACAUCACAGCGGAAAUGCGCAAGAAAGUCCUCGCUCCAGUCGACACAAUGGGCUGCGAGUCGCUCGCCGAAACCACCCGGCCACCUCGCGAUCAACGCCUGCAAACACUUGUAUCCUUAAUGCUCAGCUCCCAAACCAAAGACACCGUCACAGCAGCCGCGAUCCAGAAUCUCCAGCAGAACCUCCCCGGCGGCCUAACCCUCGAAGGCCUCCUCGCAGUCGAGCCAGACGUCCUCAACGACCUCAUAGGAAAAGUCGGCUUCCACAACAACAAGACCAAAUACCUCAAAUCCGCCGCCCUCAUCCUCCGCGACAACUUCUCCGGCGACAUUCCCGACACCAUCGAAGGCCUCGUCUCCCUUCCCGGUGUAGGGCCCAAGAUGGCAUACCUCACCAUGUCAGCGGCAUGGGGAAGGGACGAAGGGAUUGGGGUUGAUGUGCAUGUACAUCGGAUUACGAAUUUGUGGAAGUGGCAUAAGACGAGUACGCCGGAGCAGACGAGGGUGGAGUUGGAAGCUUGGUUGCCGAGGGAGAAGUGGCAUGAGAUUAAUCAUUUGUUGGUGGGGUUUGGGCAGACGAUUUGUUUGCCUGUUGGGAGGAGGUGUGGGGAGUGUGAGUUGGGGAUGCAGAAGUUGUGUCCGAGUGCUGUGGCGGGGAGUCCGAGGAAGAGGAAUGUUAAGAAGGAGGUUGAGUUGAAGACGGAGGACGGGGCGGUAAAGGAGGAGGAAGUUGAGGUGGAAGCUGAUGAUAAGGGUGCUGUCGUACAGAUCAAGAGUGAGGAUAUGGGAGAUGCUGUUAUACAGGCUACAAUUGGCUCUGUGCCAGAUAUUGAAGGUCUAGGUGCUGGAACAGAACGAAGACUGGGCGCUUCGAUUGCUGCUGUAGAUAUAUGA